AUGGCAACGAGGCGAGUGCGGAUCGUGUGUAUUUCUGACACACACAAUCAAACGCCCAAACUGCCCGCUGGCGACAUACUGAUCCACGCAGGUGACCUUACUAACCAGGGCACUUUCUCGGAACUGCAGAAGGCCGUCAGCUGGCUCAGGCAGACCGAUUUCCGGGUCAAGAUCGUUGUCUGCGGUAACCACGACAUCACUUGUGAUAUUCCAUUCUAUCAGCAGUAUGGCGCUUACUUCCACAAUAAAAGGAUGGAAGAUCCCGAGCGUUGCAUUGCCCUAUUCCGAUCAGACCCAUCCAUCGUGUACCUGAAUCACGAAUCCAAGCAAGUCAGAAUCAAUCACGAAGACGGCUCUCUUUCAGUCCUCAAGAUCUUUGGCUCCCCAUAUUCUCCUGCAAACGGACUCUGGGCCUUUGGGUAUGAGCCGGAACAUGCCUCUCAGCUGUGGGACAAGAUACCUCUGGAUACAGAGAUCAUAGUGGCGCACACACCGGCGAAGUUCCAUCGAGAUGAAUCCAGCACACGUGGAGCCGCAGGAUGCGAGAGGCUUCGGCAGACAUUGUGGAGGGUUCGUCCCCGAUUGUUUGUCUGUGGACAUGUCCACGAAGCGUAUGGUGUCGAAGCUGUCACAUGGGAUCUUUCUUUAUCGCAUGUGAAGUUCAAAGAGAAAGCUGUCCGAUAUUGGCAUGACGCUCAUCCCGAAAGCAAAAAGCAAUUUACCGUCGAUCUUUCGUCGAGAGUCAAGUCGGUGGUCCUGCAAAACGAUGGGAGCACAGGGAACCUUGUUUCCACAACACAGAUUGUCAAUUCGCAGAGAGCGGAAGUCGACGGCACUGCUGACAAAGAUAUAGCGCCGGAAGCAGAACACAAUGAAGGUCUUUUGCCUGCCAUUCCCGCUCUUCCUCGGCCUCCGUUUCCCGACUUCGAAAAGGCGGAGCGGCAUAUCACGUCUACCGUCGAACCAACCGAGUUAAGGCAAUCGGAAACCCACGGGAACCAGGGCCCUACCUCUAAUGGUCUAUCAGAUCAAGAAGCAAUAGCUAAUUGCGGGGGCAGACUCGAAACCUGCAUCGUAAAUGCUGCGUUUAUGGCUUCCAACUGGCCACACAACGCCGGGAAGAAGUUCCAUAAGCCUAUUGUUAUUGACCUCGACUUGCCAGUGCAGUAUCCUAACUAG